AUGUCCGAUUCCAAGAAUGAAGACCUUCCCAAGGAUCACAAAGAUCUUCUCAACAGUCACAGUCAUGUAUUAGACGUUAAUGCACCCGCCUUUAACCCACGCUCCACUCCCAUCCAAAACCCGGUUCAAGAAAAUGCAACUGAGAAUAAUCACAACAAUACCGGCACUCCGCAUCUCCCCCCUCCAGCUGGCGCCGACCCGGACCUAUGGAAAGUCCUAUGUAGCGGCCCCCAAACCAUCGACAUAACCACUGAACGCAACCAAUCCCCCCCUUCCCAUCCCCAUUUCCUCCGCGACAUCACCUGCAGCCCUACAACGUGGCACACCACCGUGCUCCCCUGGAUCCUGACGCUAACCUUCCGGCUCAACUCGACAACCGACAUCUUCCACUUCACCAGCAUGCUACGCGUACCGUCUCUCUCCUCACUACAAACCUGCAUUACGGCGCUUGACCUCCGCGGCUUCCACUGGUUCACCGGCAUCGGGGGCAACCGAGUCGCAAACCCGUAUGUGGAGCUGGCGACGCAUCUGCCUGCGCUGCGCGCGCUGCGCUUCUCGCUGCAUGCCGCCGGCGUGACGGUGUCGCGGUGGAGCGAGAAGCGCGCUGUGGAGCUGGAAGCUACAGACGCCGUGCUGGCGCGCAGGAGGCGCAUCAUGCGGUGCAGCGAGGUGUGGGAGAAAUACGGGAUUGGCGGGUUACUGCGGUGCGAGGUGCUGGAGUGGAUUGGAAUUGUGUAUGUUGAGAGCGAGAUUGUGAAUGCAUUUUCUGCGCCUUGGGAUCCGGAGGGCGUGGUGACGGCUGUGGGGGAGGCGCUGGUAGAUGGGUUUCGGAGGGGCGGAAGGGAGGUUAGCGUUGAGGUGUUGAGGGAAUGA